AUGUCUUCAACAGGUGUCGAUUUAAAAAAAACUCAAGCUGAUUUUUCAAAAUCUUUACAUGGUAAAGAUGUUGGUCAAAAAACUGGUAUUUCUGCUCUUUUAUCCAAAGAUAAAUCUGCUCAAGAAACUGCAGUUUCAGAUUAUUUAAAACAUUGGGAUGGUAAAACUGAUAAAGAAGCUGAAGAUAAAAGAUUAGAAGAUUAUAAUCAAAGUACUCAUUCUUAUUAUAAUGUUGUUACAGAUUUUUAUGAAUAUGGUUGGGGUACUUCAUUCCAUUUUUCAAGAUAUUAUCCAGGUGAAGCUUUUAAUCAAGCUACUGCAAGACAUGAACAUUAUUUAGCUAAUAAGAUUGGUAUUAAAGAAGGUUGGAAAGUUUUAGAUGUUGGUUGUGGUGUUGGUGGUCCAGCAAGAGAAAUUGCAAGAUUUACUGGUGCUCAUAUUACAGGUUUAAAUAAUAAUGAUUAUCAAAUUGAAAAAGCUCAUUGGUAUGCAAAAAAAUUUAAAUUACAAAAUCAAUUAGAUUUUGUUAAAGGUGAUUUUAUGAAUAUGGAUUUUGAACCUGAAUCAUUUGAUGCUGUAUAUGCAAUUGAAGCUACAGUUCAUGCUCCUGUAUUAGAAGGUGUUUAUGGUGAAAUUUACAAAACUUUAAAACCAGGUGGUGUUUUUGGUGUUUAUGAAUGGGUUAUGACUGAAAAUUAUGAUGAAUCAAAUCCUGAACAUCGUAAAAUUGCAUAUGAAAUUGAAUUAGGUGAUGGUAUUCCAAAAAUGUAUAAAGUUGAUGUUGCAAGACAAGCUUUAAAAAAUGUUGGUUUUGAAAUUGAUUAUGAACAAGAUUUAGCUGAUUUAGAUGAUGAUAUCCCUUGGUAUUAUCCAUUAACUGGUGAUUUAAAAUAUGUUCAAAGUUUAUAUGAUUUAAGUACUUUUGUUAGAACAAGUUCUUUAGGUAGAAAAUUUACAACUGGAUUUGUUGGUUUAUUAGAAUUUUUAAAAUUAGCUCCAAAAGGUUCAAAACAAGUUACUUUAGCCUUGGAAGAAGCUGCUGUUGGUUUAGUUGAAGGUGGUAAACAAAAAUUAUUUACUCCAAUGCAAUUAUUCGUUGCAAGAAAACCAUUAAACAAAGAUUAA